AUGGAAAACCAGCAUGAGCCCCCCGGUACCUCCCGGAUCUACAAUGGUAUUAACACGUCCAAUAUUAUUAUCACGAGUCAUUCUGCUUUGACGGCGUCUAACUAUUCUCUAGAGUCAAAUCUUGCCGUCAUAGAAACGGAGUUUGUUGUCCAGCCUACGCCGAGUGACGACCCCAAUGAUCCACUGGUAUUUCGCCUCGAUUUCCGCUGUCUCAAAAAUUUGGAGCUUUAA